UUUACAGACUGAACUUGAACAUCGACUUAAAAAGAUGUCGGUGGAGUAGCCCUUUAAUUCCAAAUAACGAGAGCUGUAGUUGGCACGCGAUCUCGCGAUAUUUAUCAUAACCCCGUUUUCUGUUUACUUGGUUACAUCCUCAUUCGAGAGGGAAUUUGUCAUCGCGACUUGAAGUCCUCCGUGCUCAGCUAACUUCGAAACCUGAGGGCUGUUGUACUAUCAGUCAAACAUGGGUGUACUCGCCGUGUUACCGCCCGACUUCGGAUAUGUCAUCUUUACUUACCUCUACAGCUGGUUCAUGCUGACGUAUUUGGGAGUUAAGGUUGGGGCUGCCAGGAAGAAGUACAAUGUCAAGUACCCCACUAUGUACAGCGACAAGGAGCAAGUAUUCAACUGCAUUCAGAGAGCGCAUCAGAACACACUCGAGGUGUACCCCCAGUGGCUUGUUUUCCAGACCAUUGCAGCCCUUGUUUAUCCGCUAUCUGCAUCUGUGCUGGGGGCUAUUUGGGUGACCAGCAGGCUAUCCUAUGCCUGGGGCUAUUAUACUGGAGAUCCAGCCAAGAGGAUGAAUGGUGCUUAUGGCUACAUCGGAUACUUCGGAGUAAUCUUCCUGUCCAUAUCAGUGGCCUUGCAGUUGCUUGGACUCUUUUAAGAUGAUUGUCAGCUUGUGUUUGCUCGCCUGACUGCAGUACACUCAUUUAUACCAACUAGCAUGGUAUGUUCAGAUGUAUGAAUAAAAAGUAUCUGCGUAGUUCUUUAAAUGUUAAUUUCAAAUAACGAUUCCAAUGUAUACUUUGUGCACCACUAACUUGAUAUUCCAGUAUGUCAAUGUGGACUCCAGAACUAAUAAAGUACAUGCUGACUCAUCCUACAGACCCAAA